GCACGGGGAUGAGGGUGCUGUAUGAUUGGGGACACAGGCAGAGAUAAGGUACUUAGAAAAUACAUUCUGGAAAGACAGUUUCAAGACAAUGCCAGAAGAGAAUGUGCUUUAUGGACGCUUACACAUCUUUAUGGACAUCAUUAGAAGCCCUUUAACUGGUUUCUAGUUAUAUAUAAGACAGUCUUCUGUAAUCAAGCAAUAUGCUUACCGCCAUAGAACUGGCUGAUCUUCAGAACCUGUGCACACCACAGCAAGCACUCGAGUUGUAGGGUUGCCAAAUGACAGCUGGCCAUAAACAUAGGCAUCCCAGACUGUCCAAAAGAAACAUUUGGUGAAUAAUGAGAUUCAUGGGCGGAAAAAACCUAAAGAACACGGCACAAUAUGAAGAAAAGUAACACCAUGGAUAACAAGAUUACAGAAAGGAAGAGCCAGGGAUGAUAUGCCAUCUUUGCACAAAGAAUACCUGACGCUGGUGCCCCCAUCUGUAAAUCUGCAGUGCGUGUUUGGGGGUUCCUGCCCCUCUGUAUGGCAGAAUAAGAUGGUUAUGUCUCAGGGCACAUACACUUUCCUCAGUUGUUUUGCUGGAUUUUGGCUUAUCUGGGGGUUCAUAGUAUUGCUGUGCUGUCUCUGUAGUUUUCUUAGGCGACGCAUGAAGCGACGCAGGGAGGAGAGGCUGCGGGAGCAGAGUUUACGUUCUGUACAGAUUGAGCCACUUCAGUAUGAGGAAUAUGUCAGCAGCCCACGCAUCCCUGUGGCACACAGAAUCCGUGCACAAGCCGCAACUCAGCCACCACCAUCAGCAGCACAAGCUCGACCAUGGUCAGCCACCCGCAGGAAUGGGCCUACCCCAAGUGCUGCAAACAGGGACAUUCCAUCCAUGAGUCAAGAACCAGAUUUGUCUCAGCCACCAUGUUAUGAAGAGGCAUUGCUGAUGGCAGAACCACCGCCACCAUAUAGUGAGGUCCUGACUGACACACGAGGUAUAUAUAGGAAGAUCCUGAGUCCUUUUCUCACUGUUCAGGACGAGCUUGUGAAACCAGAACAGGCCCUGAGCCAUAAACAACAUCUGUCAGGACCACCUCAUACUCAGCCACUUCCAGGAGCCCUAAGUUCACCAAUUUCAACAAAUCCUCCUCAAGAAGCACAAAGGGUGAGACGACCUUCCUGGUCAGGCUCGGAAAUUGGAAGUGGGGGUCUACACAGACUACCUAGGGGCUGCCAGCUGAUCUUCCCAAUUCCUCUUCUGGGCAGGACUACAGCUGUUUGAAACAACAUGCACAGUUGGAUCAUACAGUAUAUCAUAUAGCUGCUGUGGUCAAAAGAACAUAUGUAAGGAACUGGGUGGGCUGUGAACAUCACAAAUGACCUUGUAGAAACAUAGAUGAUCAGGGUUUAAAUUUGAUUAUUAACCAUUAAAUGACACAAAACCUUCUAAAAUACAAUUCAUCAGAUGCACUAUAAUUAUUUAAUAGACACUGUGGAUUUUAAGGACCGCAAAAGUGCAUCUAGUAUGCUUGUACAGCCCUCUGAGAAUACACGUUCAGCUUGGACCUGAUUUUGAAGAUGCCCAUGUUCGACUCUAAGAAGACUCAUACAAACUGAAAGCCAUCUUUCUUGAAUUAUUUAUUUAUAUUUUUUAGUUGCACCUUUUUUUGUGGGAUUAAAGUUUGGCGGCCGUUGUGUAUAUUUAUGAAGCUGCUGGCUAAAUCAUGGGGUCCAUUUCUGUAUGUUGUACAUACCUGUGUCUAAGAGAAGAAUCUGUUCUCCAUAGCAAAAUGUUCAAUACAUUUAAUCCAAAAGGGCUUCACAUUGAACAAUUUCAGUGUCAUGUGUAAAUGAUAAAAUGA